ACCAGGGAGAGCUGGAGGCCCCUUGGUACCAGCGUGUUUUUAAAAAUUCUUUUGCUUUAGACCUUCUCAACAUGCUUAAGCCAGGAAGUACUUUGUAUUCCGAGCCAACAGUAGACAGAUUGAUUGCAAUCCCCUGAUGAACUAGAGAAAACUAGUCCAGCUCUUCUCUGCAAAGUUUCUAUUUGGUACUGCCCUAAAAUUCUCUGGGUAUCGAGUUACUUCCAGCCCAGGAACCUCAGUGCAGCCCGAUUUCAGUAGGACUGUGAUCACCUGCAGGGGAAGACUUCUCAUUUUAUCUUCUCCAUCCACGGCAGCCGCUUAAACUUGCCUCCCCAAGAGUCAAGGAAAAGACCGCCUCAUGGAACUGACCAAGUGGAGUCCUCAGGGAGCCCCCAACCAGACCCAGGACAGCACUGGCUUCAGCUACCUGCUGAGAGACCACAUGGAGGGGAAGAGCAGCACCAACUCCACCAGGGCCCUGAAACUUCCAGAUGGGACCAGUGCUGCCUGGUACAUCCUCACCAUCAUUGGCAUCUAUGGCGUGAUCUUCCUCUUCCGGUUGGCCAGCAACAUCCUCAGAAAGAAUGACAAAUCCUUAGAAGAUAUUUACUACUCCAAUUUGACCUCUGAACUCAAAAAGAAAGGUCUCCAAAGCAAGGUGGCCAAAUGCUCUGCACUGAUCAUUAGCAACAGAGCUGUCCUGCAGCCCAACCAGGCCAGCCUGGGGCCAAAAUAUAAAAACAGUGAGUGCCAAACUGAAAUCCAAGGGAUCCCUUGAAAGUCAAGGCAAGCCGACCUCCACAGAAGAGGCCCAACCAACCUUCCUACAAGGGGAAGCAGCUUUGAGUUUACCUGGAACCUUGAGAGAAGAGUCAGGUCAUUGAGUGGGGCUGGAUGAGCAUCACUGGGCUACUUAGGCCGAUGGGAGUGUGACCAAAAGCCAGCAUCCUGUUUCCUUCUCAGACUUUGUGGCACUUUGAGACAGGACAGCAGGGACAGCAGAUUCUGGUCAUACCCUUCACUGGGAAAGCUUGUGUUCCAAGGAAGGACUUGGAGCAUCUUGUGUUCUCAGAGAAUCUAGGAGAUUCCUGAGGGUAUACAUGAAAGUAUACAUGAAAGUAGUCUCUUGUCAUGGAAAGAAGGCUGAAUUUGGAGUUGAGAGCCCUGGAUUCAAGGUCAACUUCCAGGGAGGUCACAUGAACUUUGAUGACUGGUGGCUCUCACCUGGAAUGCAUGGCAGUGGGAUAUAUGGUUUCAAAGAGCCAUUCAUUCUAGACGUUCUCACUUGAAUAUAAAACGAAGGUUGUUAAUAGCAGAAGUUAGAAGUUCUUCAUUUUCAUUGAGGGCAUGGGGUCCAUUGAAAAAGAGCAUUAGUUUUGGAGUCAGAAGAAUCAAACGCUAGUCAAGAACCUCACAGCUCUGGACCUUAGUUUCCACACAGAUAAAAUGAGAAUGAUAAUGUCUGUUCUGCCAAUCUUAUAAAGUAGAUAAGAGCUAAUGAGAUCAUGCAUAUGAAUAUAUUUUUCAAAGUAAAAUAAGUAUGUAAAAUAUAAGCCUUGCGUUCAUAGCAGUGACAGUGGUUGAUGCUGAUGGUGGUAUUAGUGUUAGUGGUGAUGGUAGUGAUGGUUGAUGCUAGUGCGUUGUUGGUAGCGGUGAUGUUGAUGGUGGUGUUGGUGGUAUUGGUGGUAGUGUUGAUGGUGGUGGUCGAUGGUUGACGUUGAU